GCUAUUCAAAAAUCUGCUCGGUUAUUUCCACUGUCUCUCGAGUCCUCCGAGUCAUCUAGUCUCAAGUAAGUUCUCUUUCUCCCUCCUUGCUUCUUUGAGUCAUGUCUGACCACGAGGAUAGCCAGAACCCUUCUGUCCAUUCUUAUGGUUCUGGUACCCGGUCUCAGACCUCCGGUUCCCAGUCCUCUUCUUCUUCUGAGCGCCCGGCUACUUCUCCACAGAAGAAGCCGGUUGAUGCUUCCACUUGUGCCCCUUCUUCUUCCGCGGCACAAGUGGUAGCCAUCCAUCCCGUCAACUUUGAAGUGAAGCUGGUUGAGGGAGUCGGCGAUGGAGGCAAGGUUGUCCCGGGCCUGGGGUUCGGCUGGGCCAGCAGCCGAACGGCGCCGUGGCGCGGCAGGGGCAGGUCCGGCGUUGUCCGACCGCUUCUUGAAGGUUUGGGUGCUGAUCGCCCAAAUCUUCGUGGCCUUCGUGAGUGGGCCAACGGUGGUGGUCACCUUGAACCGUUCAAGGAUGUCCAUCACCACGAACGGGUAUGGGAGGAGGUGAUCGUGGUCGGUGGACGCGGCAAUCGUCAUGUUGAUCAUGACAAACUUCGCCCAAUUGAUUGGCGCCGAGUGCAUGAUCGCAUGGAGGAGCUUGAGGCCCUCACCGGACAUGAUCAUGUGCCCAUGCUUCCGGGGCUUGAUGAUUCGGGACACGAUGUAGAGAAGAAGCCGGCUCUUGGGGUUUGUAGAGUGGAUGGUGGGGCGGCCCGAGGCAUGGCGGAUGAGCUCGGUGAUGCCAAGCUCGCUGAGGAUAAGGCCCUCGUUGUUGAGCACCUAGUCCUCUCCGCCAUAGUGGGAGACGUCGUCACCUUGGUAGGGGAGGUCGGUGAUGCGCCCAAGCUGCUCAACGGAAAGCUCUAUUGGCGUGCUUUUAACAAGAGAGUAGAGCACGUCGCCCUCACGCUGGAGGUUGGAGUAGAAGACCUGAAUCAGCGCUGGGUUGAUCUUCUUCCGAGCCUGGGAGACGAACGGCCAAAGGCCGGCUUGAUGGGAAACAACAACACAAACAACCUCACCCUGCGUUCCAUUCUGGAUAAAGAUAAAUUGAAUGGAACAAACUUUGUUGACUGGCAACGCAAUCUGUCCAUUGUUCUCCGCAUGGAUGAGAAAGAGUAUGUGCUCCAAAAGCCCAUUCCUCCUGCCCCUCCCGCUAACGCCCUGAAAGCAGUUAAAGAUGCCUACGAGAAACACGUUAAGGAUGAUAACUAGGUUAGCUGUGUCAUGCUGGCAACCAUGAUAACCGAGCUGCAAAAACAGCACGAGGACAUGAAGGCCCACGAGAUGAUCGUGGCCUUGCGGCAGCUAUACCAGGGGCAAUCCAGGCAUGAACGUUUUCUUGUGAGUAAGGCUCUCUUUAGUUGCAAGCUCUCUUCAGG